UCCAAACAAUUUCAAAAUGAAUGUUGAAAUUAGAUUCAAUUGGAUGAUUUUCAACAUUUUUAUAUGAAUACUUGUCAAUUUUAUAAUUCUUUUAUUAUUCAACAUUAUCAGAAUCAACAAUCUUAUUACUAUCACUAUGAUAUAAUAGUGCAACACAUACACUAUCACAACAGUGAGCUAACAUCUUCAAACUUAAUAUCUCUCCCCGCCAAAUUGGGUAAUUUGAUUCCACCUUCAGUUUGUGUUGUGUUACCCGGCGCCUUCUCCGUGGUAAUCACAGCUUUUUAUUAUGAUUUAUAUUUAGCGUUGCAUUGGCCUGGAAUCUGAGAUUUAUACCUCAACUUUCCACUAGCGCUCUGCAAAAAAAUAAGUCAAGAACAAAACUUAUGAAAUUUGUGAAGAUUCCCUUUAAGUUCCCACUAUACAUGCCAUACAUGGACUGCUUUU